AGGUGAGGCGGAUGGUCUCAGGGUUCUCUCCUCUCUCCUCCCUCAUAGUAUUGAGAAGCAAAAAAAUAGCAAUAGCUCAAGGAGGAGAUGAGAGGGGGAGGCUUCUUCAGUGUUCUCUUCGUCUUAUUUCCUAUCCUCUUUCUCCUCUCGCUACCAUCUGCUGCGAAACCAGCAAUCUUUUCACGUGAUUUCCAUGCAACAUGGGCAGGAUCCCACAUCAAGCAACUCAACAAUGGCAUCGCAAUCCAACUCUUACUCGAUCAAUCCUCAGGUUGCGGGUUCGCUUCGAAUAACAAAUUCAUGUUCGGACAUGUCAGCAUGAAGAUCAAGCUCAUCCCUGGAGACUCCGCAGGAACUGUGACAGCCUUUUACCUCAAUUCAGACACCGAGGCUGUUCGAGAUGAGCUCGACUUUGAGUUCUUGGGGAACAGGUCUGGGCACCCAUAUACAGUCCAGACCAACGUGUAUGCCCAUGGGAAGGGAGACAGAGAGCAGAGGGUGAACCUCUGGUUCGACCCAUCGGCAGAUUUCCACACCUACUCCAUCUUCUGGAAUCGCCAACACAUUGUUUUUUUCGUAGACGCCAUUCCCAUAAGAGUAUUCAAGAACAAUCAAGCGAGGGGAGUGGCGUACCCCAAUGCCCAGCCCAUGGGAAUCUAUUCAACUCUCUGGAACGCCGACAACUGGGCAACACGAGGUGGCUUGGAGAAGAUCGACUGGAGCAAAGCUCCCUUCUACGCCUACUACAAAGACUUCAACAUCGAGGCCUGCGCCGUUCCUGGUGCUCCGAGCCAUUGCAACACCCUCAGCAACUGGUGGGACGCUCCUUCCUACCAUCAGCUCAGUCCGAUCCAGGCCAGGGCGUACCGCUGGGUCCGGCUGCACCACAUGGUCUACGAUUACUGCACCGACCGCCCCCGAAACCCUGUCCCACCGCCGGAAUGCUUCGCUGGAAUCUGAAGGAAGUAGUUGUUAAGAAAUAGUGUUAAUAGACCACCCUGUAGAACUUGUUUGAAUAAUUAUUGAACCCUGUGUACAUGCAGUCGUAAUAAUAGCAAUAAUAAUGAUGUUGUGCUCUUGGUGUUACCAUGAA